AUUUUUUUUUUCUAGCCUCACAAAGAAUGCCACUACAUAAACAUAUCUUAUUUUUUUCUCAAAAAAUAAAAAUAAAAAUAAAGUUCUUAGUUCCUUUUGAGCAAAAACUAUAUAUAUAUGGCUUCCACAAUUGCCUUUCUUUCACUACAAUUCCCAAAAUGUUACUCAAAAAAUCAAACACUUUUUGCUUUCAACACAUCACAUUUUCUUUCUUCAAAUUCACUAAUAAAGUUGAAAAAGCAAACAGCUUUAUCCACUAGACAAUUCAAGAAUUUCAGUAGCCACAAGUUUCAAACAACACCCUUAAUUUUUGCAGCUCAAUUUAAUUUAUUGAAAGUUCUUCAAACUGCAUGGAGAGCUGGAAAAGAUGGAGUUGAAGCUGGAACCAACUUGGUACCUGAUGUCAUCCCAAGACCGAUAGCCAGAAUUUGUGUGACUGUAGUUGGCGCGGCGUUUGCUUUCUUUGCACUCAAAUCAUUCCUGUCGACAGCUUUGUUCGCAUUGGCGGUGAUGGGAGUCAUUUACUUUGGAUUCAUAGCCUUGAACAAGGACGAUGGUCCAAAAGGCGGUGGAGGCACCGGUUCUGUCGAUGAUAGUCUAGAAGAAGCAAGACGAAUAAUGGACAAGUACAAGUAAGAAAUGCAAAAAUCGGACUUGUUUGCGGUAAGUAUCAGCUUAGUUGCUCGGACUAUCCAAAAAUGUUGCCGCAUGUGCGUCGGAUCCUUUUUGAAGAGUUCGAGCAACUUAGAUUAUCAGUGUCUCUGGCUUCUUUUCGAAAUAGGUAGUAGGCCUUCAAAUCAUAGUCAUAAAGGAAUUAUUUCAUAUUCUUGAAUGUAUUGGUUUGUAAGGUAAUGUUUUUAUUACAGUUUAUUGUAAAUUUUCUGAGUGUUUUGUAUAUUUCACAUAUUUGAUAUGAGAGAGUUGCAUUAUUUCAGUUUAA